UCAGAGACCUGAGGACCCUGACCUGAGAAACAAACAAACCAGAACAGAGAGAAGAGAGAGAGUUACAGACAGGCAGACAGCAAGACAACAGACAGACUAAUCCGAGAAUAAGAACAAGAAUCUGCAGUAACACGUUAGGGAAAUAAAGUAAGAUAAAGAACAAUAAGAAAUAAGGAGAAAGAGGAAAAUUGGGCCAGAACUAAGUGAAGUGAUAGAAGGGCAAUUACAACAGCAAGACAGAGAAAGAAGAGCUGAAACACAGAGUGAAAUAGGAGAGACAUUGACGAGACAGAGUGCGACAGACCAGAAGAACCGUGUCUAGUCUACAUCCGUGUGUAGCCCACUUGUGUGGUUGUGUUUGUAUCCACCAUGUGGCUGCUGCUUAAUGUUUGUGUGUUCUGUCUGCUGCAAUGUGGUGAGGGGCAGGACCGUGCCACUCUCUGGAGGGGAAACGACCGUAGCGGGCAUUGCCAGUACACCUUCACCGUGCCCAGCCCCAGCGAGACCAGCUGCCCCCCUACAGCCUCCGGAGGACCAGAGAUGGAGGGGCUCAAGGCUAGACUCAGCCUGCUGGAGGUAUUGGUGGCCAGGCUGACUGGAGGGAAGACAGGGGGUCCUGGGCUUGGGGCUGGGGCUGGGUCCCAGGCUGGUCUGAAAGAGGCUCUGACUCAGGCCAUGGGAGAGAGGAGCCUGCUGCAGGGAGAGAAGGAGCGUCUGGAGAGAGAUGUGGAGGGGCUUCAGAGGAGGGUGGAGGAGAUGAAGAGAGAGACGGAGAGACUGAAGAGCAGACCCUGCUACCCGCAACCCCCUUUGGUGCCACCCAGCGUCCCACUACAGGACAGUGGUCUGCGACCUGCCGGAGGUGAGUAACAACAUCUCUGUCUGUUCUCUCCUACUGGGGACAGAAAGUUCAUGUGAUUCCUGAUUGAGACGUACACCACUUAUAGACAGACUGUGUUGUAAAUGGCAUGUGGAAGUGUUCUCCAGUCCCGCUCGGAGACAUACACUACCGGUCAAAAGUUUUAGAACACCUACUCAUUCAAGGGUUUUUCUUUAUUUUUACUAUUUUCUACAUUGUAGAAUAAUAGUGAAGACAUCAAAACUAUGAAAUAACACAUAUUUAAUCAUGUAGUAACCAAAAAAGUGUUAAACAAAUCAAAGUAUAUUUCAUAUUUGAGAUUCUUCAAAUAGCCACCCUUUGCCUUGAUGACAGCUUUGCACACUCUUGGCAUUCUCUCAACCAGCUUCACCUGGAAUGUUCUCACAUAUGCUGAGCACUUGUUGGCUGCUUUUCCUUCACUCUGUGGUCCGACUCAUCCCAAACCAUUUCAAUUUGGUUGAGGUCGGGGGAUUGUGGAGGCCAGGUCAUCUGAUGCAGCACUCCAUCACUCUCGUUCUUGGUAAAAUAGCCAUUACACAGCCUGGAGGUGUGUUGGGUCAUUGUCCUGUUGAAAAACAAAUGAUAGUCCCACUAAGCCCAAACCAGAUGGGAUGGCGUAUCGCUGCAGAAUGCUGUGGUAGCCAUGCUGGUUAAGUAUGCCUUGAAUUCUAAAUAAACCACUGACAGUGUCACCAACAAUGCACCCCCACACCAUAACACCUCCUCCUCCAUGCUUUAUGGUGGGAAAUACACAUGCGGAGAUCAUCCGUUCACCCACACCGCAUCUCACAAAGACACGGCGGUUUGAACCAAAAAUCUCCAAUUUGGACUCCAGACCAAAGGACAAAUUUCCACCGGUCUAAUGUCCAUUGCUCAUGUUUCUUGGCCCAAGCAAGUCUCUUCUUCUUAUUGGUGUCCUUUAGUAGUGGUUUCUUUGCAGCAAUUCGACCAUGAUGGCCUGAUUCACGCAGUCUCCUCUGAACAGUUGAUGUUGAGAUGUGUCUGUUACUUGAACUCUGUGAAGCAUUUAUUUGGGCUGCAAUUUAUGAGGCUGGUAACUCUAAUGAACUUAUCCUCUGCAGCAGAGGUAACUCUGGGUCUUCCAUUCCAGUGGUGGUCCUCAUGAGAGCCAGUUUCAUCAUAGCGCUUGAUGGUUUAUGCGACUGCACUUGAAGAAACUUUCAAAGUUCUUGAAAUGUUCCGUAUUGACUGACCUUCAUGUCUUAAAGUAAUGAUGGACUGUCAUUUCUCUUUGCUUAUUUGAGCUGUUCUUGCCAUAAUAUGGACUUGGUCUUUUACCAAAUAGGGCUAUCUUCUGUAUACCCCCCCCACCUUGUCACAACACAACUGAUAGGCUCAAACGCAUUAAGAAGGAAAGAUAUUCCACAAAUUAACUUUUAACAAAGAACACCUGUUAAUUGAAAUGCAUUCCAGGUGACUACCUCAUGAAGCUGGUUGAGAGAAUGCCAAGAGAGUGCAAAGGUGUCAUCAAGGCAAAGGGUGGCUAUUUGAAGAAUCUCAAGUAUAAAAUAUAUUUUGAUUUGUUUAACACUUUUUUGUUAUUUAAUAGUUUUGAUGUCUUCACUAUUAUUCUACAAUGUAGAAAAUAGUAAAAAUAAAGAAAAACCCUUGAAUGAGUAGGUGUUCUAAAACUUUUGACCAGUAGUGUAUGUUUGCUGUACAUCAAGUGUCUUGUGGUUUUGUAGGAGAGUCAGGAGAUUCUGAGUUAACUGUAAGUGCUGAGUAAAAAUGUGACACACACACUCAACGAUGAGGCUCUUUCCUGUAACAUAGAGGAUUCCACAGAACUGUUUGUGUGCAUAUGGGUGGGUGGGUGUGUUCGUGUGCAUGUCUGUGUUUGGGCAACACAAGGAGGCCGAAGUAGUGUCAGGUUUCUCAGCUAUCUGUUUGUUUUAAGGAGCGGAGGGAGGGAGAAGGUUCUAGAGAAGAGACAAGCGAGAUGUUAGAGUCCCACAUCCAUCUUACCUUAGGGCUUUGAUGACGUUUGACUCAGACCAUCAAGGGUGUUUGUGUGGGGAGGGGAGGUGGAGGGGAGGGGGGAUUUAUGUUGUCUCGUAAAGCUGACGUUGCCCACCACCACCACCGUAAAUCCUCCUUCCCCAACUCCCCAUCCACUACCUCCCUAUCCCAUUAUCCCCUAUCCCCUAUCCCAUUAUUCCAGUGCUGCCCUUCUACACUCUAAACCUAAAAAGAAGUUCAUUAUUUCCCUGCAUGGCUCUGUGGCAUCUGGUUUGAUCCUCAUGUUAGCAUUUGCAGGCUAAAAUAUAGAGAGGAUAGUUCCACCUCAAAAAGCACAAGAACAAGGAUUUCGACACCCACCAUUUUAGAUUGUUAAGAAAUUAUCUCUGAUUUGGACCAAACUUCUUCCUACAAAUGAGUAAGACAUGAGGAAUCCCAACAAAAUGGUCAAAAGCCACCCACGGAACCCCCCACCACAUGCCAAUUCCACCCCAACAACCAGUAUACAGUAUCAGUUUUCUAUGUUUGAGUAUGGAGCUGUGGCUUGGAGUAUUGCUUCUCCAUACUUAGUCAUGUAUUCACUUUGAAAUAGGUGAUUUUUUCCCCCCCUGUUUUAUUUACCAUAAAUUAGCGUGAAAGUACCAGGUUUUCACCACUAGAUACCUCUGUGCUUGCUAUACCACCACACUCUUUUAUCAAAUUUGCUGGUCUCUUUAAAUAGAUCACAUUCAGAGAGGAGGAAACACAUGAAAAAGGGAAGUAAAACCGUGUGUGUAUGUGUGUGUGCGCAUGGUCGUGUGUGUUUGUGUGUGUGUGGGUGUGCGGUCGCGUGUGUGUGUGUGUGUGCUCACACGAGUGUGGUGAGGCUUGGUAAAGGGGUCCUUUGCGGGUGGGUUCCUGGUUUUAACAGCCAAACGCUUAACAAACACACCAUAAAUCCCCUCUUGUCCUCAGCAGAUAGAGCUCAGGUUUACUAGACCAGUUCAAAUACGGUUGGCUCUGUACUGUGUAACAUCAAAACAGGCCAUGUUAAUACAGGCCAUGCUUUAAUGUCUCCCUUUAUUGUUUAACUCAAUGGAACUUCCUGGUUAAACAGUGGUUAGAAAGGGCUGGUAGGUCAGAAUCAGGCAUCUAGAAGAUGAGGUUGUUUCUGAUGGUCAACCAUGUGAACAUUGUGCCUCCACAAUGACGUUGGUUUGAUGCCACUCAUAUUGUUUCUGGAAACCUCUGUAUUUAGUGUUUAUUAGGUUCCCCAACUAGCUGCCAAGGCAGCAGCUACUCUUCCUGGGGUCCAAACAGGAAACAACAUAACAAAUAUAACACAUAAUGUACAUAAAUAUACAUAGCACUAAAUUUACAUUACACUUUAGCCAUUCAGUAGACUCUCCCAUCCAGAGCGAUCCACAGCUAGUGUAUUCUUCUUAAGAUAGCCAGGCGAGACAACCACAUAUCACAGGUGUAUCCCAACCACGUAUCACAUACAUAAUAUAAUUCAAUGCAAAAUACAAUACAAAAUGCAUAAAAAUGUCUGUGUCUCUCUUCACAGUCCCCGUCAUGCAAUAAGGUGUUCUUUUAUCUGGUUUUUGAAUCUGGUUUUAUUGCUGGCUUGAGUUACCUUGGGUGGCAGAGAGUUCCAUUUAGUCAUGGCUCUAUUUAAUACUGUGUGUUUCCCAGCCUUUGUUCUUGACCUGGGUACUGUGAAGAGACCUCUGGUUGCAUGUCUUGUGUGAUACCGAUGAGUGUCUGAACUAAGUGCCAACUGCUUGAACAGACAGUUCGGUAACUUCAACACCUUGCACAAAGACCAAUAGUGAUGCAGUCAAUCUCUCCUCAACUUUGAGCCAGGAGAGAUUGACAUGCAUGUCAUUGACAUUCACCCUCAGUGUACAUCUACAGUGGGGGAAAAAAGUAUUUAGUCAGCCACCAAUUGUGCAAGUUCUCCCACUUAAAAAGAUGAGAGAGGCCUGUAAUUUUCAUCAUAGGUACACGUCAACUAUGACAGACAAAAUGAGAAUAUAAAAUCCAGAAAAUCACAUUGUAGGAUUUUUAAUGAAUUUAUUUGCAAAUAAUGGUGGAAAAUAAGUAUUUGGUCACCUACAAACAAGCAAGAUUUCUGGCUCUCACAGACCUGUAACUUCUUCUUUAAGAGGCUCCUCUGUCCUCCACUUGUUGCCUGUAUUAAUGGCACCUGUUUGAACUUGUUAUCAGUAUAAAAGACACCUGUCCACAACCUCAAACAGUCACACUCCAAUCUCCACUAUGGCCAAGACCAAAGAGCUGUCAAAGGACACCAGAAACAAAAUUGUAGACCUGCACCAGGCUGGGAAGACUGAAUCUGCAAUAGGUAAGCAGCUUGGUUUGAAGAAAUCAACUGUGGGAGCAAUUAUUAGGAAAUGGAAGACAUACAAGACCACUGAUAAUCUCCCUCGAUCUGGGGCUCCACGCAAGAUCUCACCCCGUGGGGUCAAAAUGAUCACAAGAACGGUGAGUAAAAAUCCCAGAACCACACGGGGGGACCUAGUGAAUGACCUGCAGAGAGCUGGGACCAAAGUAACAAAGCCUACCAUCAGUAACACACUACGCCGCCAGGGACUCAAAUCCUGCAGUGGCAGACGUGUCCCCCUGCUUAAGCCAGUACAUGUCCAGGCCCGUCUGAAGUUUGCUAGAGUGCAUUUGGAUGAUCCAGAAGAGGAUUGGGAGAAUGUCAUAUGGUCAGAUGAAACCAAAAUAUAAUUUUUUGGUAAAAACUCAACUCGUCGUGUUUGGAGGACAAAGAAUGCUGAGUUGCAUCCAAAGAACACCAUACCUACUGUGAAGCAUGGGGGUGGAAACAUCAUGCUUUGGGGCUGUUUUUCUGCAAAGGGACCAGGACGACUGAUCCGUGUAAAGGAAAGAAUGAAUGGGGCCAUGUAUCGUGAGAUUUUGAGUGAAAACCUCCUUCCAUCAGCAAGGGCAUUGAAGAUGAAACGUGGCUGGGUCUUUCAGCAUGACAAUGAUCCCAAACACACCGCCCGGGCAACGAAGGAGUGGCUUCGUAAGAAGCAUUUCAAGGUCCUGGAGUGGCCUAGCCAGUCUCCAGAUCUCAACCCCAUAGAAAAUCUUUGGAGGGAGUUGAAAGUCUGUGUUGCCCAGCGACAGCCCCAAAACAUCACUGCUCUAGAGGAGAUCUACAUGGAGGAAUGGGCCAAAAUACCAGCAACAGUGUGUGAAAACCUUGUGAAGACUUACAGAAAACGUUUGACCUGUGUCAUUGCCAACAAAGGGUAUAUAACAAAGUAUAGAGAAACUUUUGUUAUUGACCAAAUACUUAUUUUCCACCAUAAUUUGCAAAUAAAUUCAUAAAAAAUCCUACAAUGUGACUUUCUGGAGAAAAAAAAUCUCAUUUUGUCUGUCAUAGUUGACGUGUACCUAUGAUGAAAAUUACAGGCCUCUCUCAUCUUUUUAAGUGGGAGAACUUGCACAAUUGGUGGCUGAUUAAAUACUUUUUUUCCCCACUGUAAGUGCAAUACAUGCUGCUCUGUUUUGGACCAACUGCAAUUUGCCUAUGUCCUUCUUUGCCGCACCUGACCACACAACUGGACAGUAGUCCAGGUGCAUCAAAACUAGGGCCUGUAAGACAUGUCUGGUUGACUGAGAUAUCAAGAAAGCACAGCAAAGCCUUAUCAUGUACAGACCUCUUCCCAUUUUCGUAACCAUUGAGUCUAUAGGUUUUGACCAUGAAAUGCUUGCUAUCUAGGGUGACACCCAGCAGUUUAGUCUCUUCAACUUGCUCAAUAACCACAUUAUUCAAUAAUAGAUCAAUAUGAGGUUUAGGGUUGAGUGAGUGAGUGAGUGACUCAUCCAAAAAAUGAUACUUUUCGUUUUUUAUAUAUUUAACACCAGCCUAUUGCUAGUUACCCAUUCUAAAACUGAUUGGAGUUCUAUGUUAAGGGUGUCAGUUAUUUAUUUUACUGUUGUAGCCGACGUGUAUACUGUUGAGUCGUCAGCGUGCAUGGACACACAGGCUUUAUUCAAGGUCAGGUCAUUAGUAAACACAGAAAACAAUAAUGGUCCAAGCCGGCUGCCCUGCGGUAUACCACAUUGAACAUUCAACUUCCAUUAAAGAAAACCCUCUGUGUUCUAUUGGAUAGGUAACUGUCCAUCCAUGAUAAGGCAGAGGAUGUUAAUCCAUACACCUAUGUUUUUUCAGUAAUAUGUUAUGAUCAAUGAUGUCAAAGGCUGCACUGAAGUCUAACAAAACAGCUCCCACAAUCUCCUUAUUAUCAAUUUCUUUCAUCCAAUCAUCAGUCAUUUGUGUCAGUGCCGAGCAUGUUGUGUGCCCUUCCCUAUAAGCAUGCUGAAAGUCUGUUGUUAAUUUGUUUUCUGUAAAAUAACAUUGUAUUUGGACUAACACAUUUUUUUCCAAAAGUUUGCUAAGCACCGGUAACAGGCUGAUUGGUCUGCUGUUUGAACUAUUAAAGGGUGCUUUGCUAUUUUUGGGCAGCGGAAUGACAUUUGCCUCCCUUCAGGCCUGAGGGUACACUCCGUCUUCUAGGCCUAGAUUGAAGAUGUGGCAAAUAGGAGUCGCAAUGUAUUCCGCUACCAACCUCAGUAAUUUACCAUCCAGGUUGUCGGUUCCAGGUGGUUUUUAUAGAUAGUAGUUCAUUUUUCACCUCUUCCACACUAACUUUGCAGAAUUCAAAGCUACAGUGUGUGUCUUUCAUUAUUUGGUCUGUUAUGAAUGAAUAUGAAGGCUCAGCAUUUGUUGUUUGCAUGUCAUGCCUAAAUUUGCUAAUCUUGUCAACAAAAAAGUUAUUAAAGUGGUUGACAAUAUCAAAGGGUUUUGUUAUGAAUGAGCCAUCAACCUCAAUGAACGAUGGAGCUGAGUUAGCUUUUCUGCCUAGAAUUUCAUUUAAGGUACUCCAGAGCUUUUUACUAUCAUUCUUUAUAUCAUUUAUCUUUGUUCCAUAGUAUAGUUUCUUCUUUUUGUUUAGUUUAGUUACGUUUAGUUACUGACUCAUUCCCACCUAGAUAUAUUCUGUUACGUAAGAUUUCUAAUGGCUUAUGAAAAGGCACUGUUGUUGUAGAAUAAAUGCUAUCAACAGCAGCCAAGCCAAGAGACCCAUGGUGAGUAUGACUGCAUCCAAGAACAACAGCUCUGCUACACAGCAACAUGAAGGUGGACUGUGCUGAGAGAUUGAGACUGAGUGAGACCUUCAGCCAAAUAUGAGCCUUUUAUCUCCUCUCAGCUCUAAUAACUCUAAUAGCACAGGGUUAGAAGGCUUGAUUGGGCCAUGCUCAGGGAGCAUGGGUAUGAGUGUUCAUAUGUUUUGGUGUUUCAGUCUGGAAGGACUUGCUGGGGUCUUGAUGUUCUGCCGGAUUUGCCCUUAUAUCCACACUCACACUCACACUCACACACACACACACACACACACACACACACACACACACACACACACACACACACACACACACACACACACACACACACACACACACACACACACACACACACACACACACACACACACACAGAGAGAGAGAGAAAAACUGCUUCUAUUUCAAGGCCAUUCUCUUGCACAUUAGAGUCUGCUGCCUACAUACAUAGAUUAGAAAUCACUGGCCACUUUAUUAAAUGGAACACUAGUCACUUUAAUAAUGUUUACAUAUCUUGCAUUACUCAUCUCAUAUGGAUAUACUGUAUUCUAUACUAUUCUACUGUCUACUGUAUCUAUGCCACUCUGACAUUGCUCGUCCAUAUAUUUAUAUAUUCUUAAUUCCAUUGCUUUACUUAGAUUUGUGUGUAUUGGGUAUAUGUUGUAAGAUAUUACUUGUUAGAUAUACUAGAAACAGAAGCAUUUCGCUACACCCGCAAUAACAUCUGCUAAACACGUGUAUGUGACCAAUACGAUUUGAUUUGAUUUGACACACAUAAACAAUUUGCACUUGUUUAUCUGAGAUGAUUAAUGACCUUGCCCCCUGGGAACACUUUUGUAAUUCAGGGAAGCGAGACUCUUCCCCUCACCCUCCCUCACCCCUCCUCACCCCACCACCCUCCUCUCCCCAUACCCUUCCACCCAGAAAGCAUCCAUUGACCCAGGUCAUACAAAACAUGAACAGAAGCAAACGAAAAUGACCAUUCUUAUUGUGCACGUUCAGGCAGUACUUCCUCCAUUUCAAAACUCCUUUCUUCCGUUUUAUGCCUGUUAAACUUGACUCUGGUAUCCCACCCUUCACACCCCACACCUCUCCUCCUCCUUCUCCCCCAGCUUUACCCCAAACUCACCCCUUCUCCCCACAUGAAAAAAUACUACUAUAGAAUACUAAAAUACUUACUAUAGAAUUCUAUAGUAAACUGUAGUAUACUGUAGAAUACUGUACUACACACUGUAGUAUCCCUCGGUCAUGUGUAGUACUUACUAUAGAAUGUUGUAGUAUACUGUAGAACAGGGUUUCCCAAACUCGGGUGCACGUUUUGGUUUUUGCCCUAGCACUACACAGCUGAUUCAAAUAAUCAAAGCUUGAUGAUGAGUUGGUUAAAACCCAAAACGGGAAACCCUGCUGUAGAAUACUAUAGUAAAUACUAAAGUAUUAUCCACAAAAAAACACUACAGUCCGCAAAAACACGCCACUUUUUAAAGUAUAGUAAAUACUACUUCAUUAAAUGUGCAUGUACUCUUCCAUGCCCCUCCCACAUUUCGCAAUUUGUGCCACCCAUAAGUGAGAAACCUACAUGACAAGUAUAGACCAUACAUGGUGUUCCCUACAGGUUAUAGAAAACAGCAGAAGCUCUGAACUAUCCGUUCAGACCCCAGUCUUACCUACCUACAGGUUUUGGAAAAUGUGCAGUAGUUUUGUAUUUCUCCUGUAGGUUUCCUGAAGGAGAAAGCCUCCACUUCUGUGUCAAAGAUAAUCAAACAAAAACACUAUAGUAAAUACUACAAUAAUGUCCGCAAAGACACUACAGUAAAUAUUACAUUAUACUACAGUCUGCAAAAACAGUACAGUAACUACUACAGUAUACUACAAUCCGCAAAAACACUACAUUCAUUAUUAUAGUAUAAUCUACAGUUUUCUUUUAAUAUGGUAUUUAUACUUAACUGUAAAUACUACAGUAUACUACAGUGAAAACUACAGUAAAGUCUGCAAAAACGAAUACUAUAGUAUAUAUACCAUAGUAUACUAUAGUAUUUUUUCAUGUGGGUCUUCAUCAAAAGAGGAAAUCAACAUUAGUUUCCAGAUGCUAAGAUUAACAUGUUCUGCGUCAUUAUGGCUCAUUAGGAGCCUGUAAACUCUUCACACACACGCAUUGCAUAAUUAUGAGGCUGUAAACACGUUAACACGUUAGCAUCCUUCACUGUUAUAGACCGAGUCACUGCUGCUGUUUAUCAACACUCUCAACUGUAAUGGUUCUCUGGGGGGCUGAAGGGAGGGGGUAGGGUAUGGAGCAGAGGGGAGGGGGAGUGAGGGGUGAGGCUUGGGGGAAUUGUUGAGGUUGUUCCAGUUGAACUAAACUGGUAUGAGGAAUGGCUAACUGUGGUAGCAAGGCAGGUCGGGGGCUUCAAGACUAAAGGUCGCGUGUGUGUGUGUGUGUGUGUUCAACAGUCCGGCAGACUCCACAGCAGCUGGGAAUCCACUCUGGAGUGUUUGUUUCCUCCUCUUACAUUCCCUGCUGUCAGUAGUGCUGCCAGAGACCCCCUCACACACACAGAUACCCCAUGGCUUGCUGGUGUAGGCUGCUCUUGGCUCGAUGGUCACUGCAUGGUCAGGAAUGGUGCUGUCAGUCAGUGUGUCCAUUGUACUGUGAUGUUAAAAAGUGUGCGUGAUACUAAAUCCAUUAUGUGUUUGCAGGUGCUGGUGUUCUCUCUCACCUGGUAUCCAGACCUGGAAGACAAGGGGACACUGGCAGUUUGAGAGGUAAGCUUGUAAUAUGUAAUGUAAUAUGCCAUUUAGCAGACGCUUUUAACCAAAGCGACUUACAGUCAUGCGUGCAUACAUUUUUACGUAUGGGUGGUCCCGGGGAUCGAACCCACUACCCUGGCAUUACAAGCGCCAUGCUCUACCAGCUGAGCUACAGAGGACCACAGCUUCUGUGGUACCACUGAGUAUGUGUUUGCAUGUGUGUGUACAAAUCUUAUUUCAAAAGAAUGAAUAAAGUGAACCAAUAAUUCAGAAUAAAAACUUUAUUCACAAAGAUCCCAGUUUUACAACAAAAUGAGUAUAAUAAAAAAAUAGGCCAUAAAAUAGAUUUAAAAUAAAAGUAGACCAGUUAGGCCAUGAAGUCAUUUCAACAUCUAGUUUUGGUUGAGUUGUCAACAAAUGUGAAUUCAACGUGAAAUCAACAAAAAAUGUCACCAUGUUAUUAGAUUUAGGUUAAAAGUUGGGUGAAAAAAAUACGAAAUUCCCUUACGUUGAUGACUUUUUGCAAAUCCAAUCACUUUUCCUCAUUGAUUCAACGUCACCACGUAUAGUUAUUUUGUUGAAAUGACGUGGAAACAACGUUGAUUCAACCAGUUUUUGUCCAGUGGGCAGUAUCCAGUCCAGUGUCAUGGACGGAUGUGCAAGGAAGUGUUCAGUCUGCUCAUGAGGGUUGUUGUGUUGCAGUCAUCACACCUGCAGCUGGAAUGUGUAGGCAUUGCGUCACAGGUAAUCCAUUAGGGGUAGAUUGUGGUAGUCCUCCACAAGCCGCUUUACCUUCUCCAAGCUACUGCAGACUCUCUGGUGGUGGUAGGUUGCCAGCGAGGUACUGCUCCAGUUGAGGUUCAGUCAGAGCCUGUUGCUGUCGCAGGGCAUCGAUGAACUCCAAAACCGUGGGGUGUGUGGCACCAGCAAAUGCCCCGAAGGCCCGACGCCAGUCCGUCACUUCCUUAUUGACCUCCACAAAGUCUUGCUGCUUGACAGCAUCGUAGUAGUUCCACAUUUCGGAAAUAAACAAAUGCCGGUGCUCUUUUGGUGAAGAUUGCUCAAAAUGAUCUCCAGUGCCCAAUGUAUGUCCCUCAAAGUGGCUCACAAUUUUGCGCAGCUCCCGGUCCUCAGAGGAUGUGGGGAAUAUCAGCUCCUCCAGAUCUUCAUAGCAUCUCUCUACAUCAGAGGGUGGGAUGAACGCGAGUGCAGGGAGCAUCUUGAGGUGGAGAGGGAAAUUGGUGUCGCUGCGGUACCUUGAUGCCAGCUGGCUUGGCACAAAUUCGUAUUCAAUAUACCGUCAACAUUUCUGGCUCAGAUGGAAGAAGGAACACUGAAUGUGGACCUCUAGAAACACUGACUUCAAGGCAUUCACAGCUACUGGCUUGAAGUCAGUCAAGAUGGAGUCUGGUUUCAUCUCAGGCCUCGGCCUCCUCAGUGCCUCCAACCAGUGUGGGGGAGUAGUGAACUACUUGUAAUUCAACUAGUAAUUGAACUACAUUGUGCAGUGGCUGGGUGGUAGUUGACCUAAUUUUAAAUCUUGGUGGUGCUUUCAGUAGCUCAUUUCUUUGCAAAAAUUAAAUUAAAUAUGUGUGAAGUAGGCAAGAAUUUCCUUUAUCUUUCUGCAUCAGACCUGCCUAAUUCUCACUUGAAACUUAGUUUCAGAUUAAUUGCAUGUUCAACUCGACAUUGCUGUCAUUUUGAAAAUGAACCCUUAAUACAACAUCAGUAGUAUACUAAUUGUUGAUGCUUACCCCAGACAAAAAUAUAGGCUACUGGAAUCACAGUCGACUGUCACAGCCCCGAAAAUGGUGUACAACUGCCGUAACAAAGGUGGGGCCGCAUUGAACGAUCCAUCUACACUGACCUACAAAGGCAAAGUGCAGUAAAUACGAAUUUGGUCAAAAAUCGUUGAUUUAAUAUUAUAAUAAGGUAUAUUAUCUGAUUAAUGUGGUAUUUCGUUUUCUGACACAAGAACAAGCCAGUCGAUUAGAAUAUAUAAUAUUUUUUUACGUACAGUAGUUACUGCACUUUGCCUUUGUAGGGCAGUACACACCAGGACACAGACUGGCACAGGAAAUCCAGGUUUCGUGUCGUUGUGAAGAUGAGAAACCUGUCUUGUCCUGGUCCUCUGUCAUGCUGGAGGAAUAGCUCUCCACCCACCGUACCAUGGUAGCUCUCAGGGAUGAGCAGGUUGUAGAGGGUCGGUACAGGGGCACCUGGUUGUUCAGUAGGUCCUCCUGUUCUAAAGGGCUUACUCAGGCAACAAAAUAAUAAUCACAACCACCGAAUGGACAUUCACACGUCUGGGUCUCCAGUCCCUCCUUCAUCACCAGCCAAUCUUCCACAAUCUCCAAUCCAUCCAUGGCAUGGUUGUGUUGUCCCGCUAUCUUUGUGACGCGCCCAGCAGUGAGGAUGAUGCAACCUUUAGACUUGUACAGAUCAUAACCAGUCAGUGCUCUUCCAGAACUGCUUAUUUGCGGUAAAGCCAUCCUCUCUGUAAAUGUAGCCAUUAUGCACCAGGACAAUGUUCCAUGGCUUGUUGGGGCCAGCAUCAGCAAUAUCGUAGUUCCAUUGUAGCUCCUUCUUGGUGACCUCCUCAAAAAUAAAUGAAUGUUGAGGGAGGGCACAGUGCUCUAUUUCGACAGAAUCCUGGGAUUAUUAGCAUACCAACAAUCUGCAAAUUAAACUGAUGGAUUAGGCCCCCCCAAAUUGUUGGCAGGUUCUGCAGUUCCUGUGUCCUGGCACAAUCAAAGAGGGUCAUUAUUGGAGAAUCGUUUAGCAGCAGAUAUUUGCAUUCAACUGUUUAGUGCCCGAUCAGAUGCGCCCGAGCCCAUUCAGUUGGCAUUAUGUGCCCAUACCGGUGGACAUAUAGCUUGGUCACAUAAUGAAAACAGAAUUAGCAUGUGCAAACUAUUAGGUACAGCUCAUUUGCAUGUACUGAUCAUCUGCACACACACAGUUACAGUUGCAUAGUUCCUUUAAUCAUGACUGUAUUGUUUUGUUACAAUCACUUGCAAUGAGUAUACUUUUUUCAUGAGCAACGACCAAACUAGGCUGGUUGUUUGAGAUGUAAGUCAAGUUAGUCUUCUAAUGAAAAUCACAAAAUGUAGGCAUAUGCCUAUCUUUCUAAUCAUAGUCUUGAUAAUCAUGAGAAAAACACAUUCAGAAUGUGUAGCCUAAUACAAACAUUAAAAAAACACAUCCACUCACAAUCUCUACAUUGUGUUGGGGCGAUGUGUGUUAGUGCUGGACUGGAACUAAAGCCUGCACAGUUCCCACUCUGAAGCUCUCUCUAGGUCCAGGGUUGGAGAGCACUGCAAUUGACGAUUGAUUAAUUGAUGGAGGCAGAACUCGACACCUCAAAGCCCGUGUCUCAAUCAGAGCUUCUCAACAUUGUAUCACUGGUUGUUUUCUGACUUCUAUCUAUCUAUCUAUCUAUCUAUCUAUCUAUCUAUCUAUCUAUCUAUCUAUCUAUCUAUCUAUCUAUCUAUCUAUCUAUCUAUCUAUCUAUCUAUCUAUCUAUCUAUCUAUCUAUCUAUCUAUCUAUCUAUCUAUCUAUCUAUCUAUCUAUCUAUCUAUCUAUCUAUCUAUCUAUCUAUCAUCUCUCUCUCUCUCUCUCUCUCUCUCGCUCUCUCGCUCUCUCGCUCUCGCUCGCGCUCUCGCUCUCGCUCUCGCUCUCUCGCUCUCGCUCUUUCUCUCGCUCUGUCACUCUCUCUCCUCCCCCUUCUAGACCCAGCAUGGCAGUACGGUGGUAAUGCAGGGUUCCAGGAGUUGAAGGCUGAGGUGACUGAGGUUCCUGCUCCUAGUACUGAGGACCAAGAGGACAGCACAGGUGAGACACACACCUGGACAUAUCAAAUAGUUAAUUAACCUGAUGCGGUCCCAACAGUCCCAAUACUAUUACACAGUAACCCCCUCUCCACCCCUGCACAGCUAAUCAUGCAAACACAACACUUCCCCUGCUGACAGCCCCAAAACAAAUACUGCUAUUAAUACACAGGCAAGUCGGGCAAAAAUAACACUGAAUACCAGAUCAAUGCCAGGGCAAAUACCAACACCAGAACAUGAGGGACUGCAUGUGUUUGUAUAUGUUUAGUGCCUGACAGGGAGUGAUCCACUGAAGCUCUACUGAAGAUACUGAGUGGCAUAACAUUACCUCCAUCAUACAUGUUUACCUCUGCACAUUUCCGUUGCAGUUUCUGUCACAUCUAGAAAAACCCUGAAACAUUGACAAAAGAAACAUGCUGAGAUUGUUUGUGCUGGAGUUAUUCAUAUCAUUGAGGACUGUGCCUGUAUAUAAUUAUAUAACCCCCCCACCCUUACACACACCCCUCUGUCGUGAAUAUCCUAAAUGUAUUUUAGGAAGAGGUAAAUAUACAGCAGCCUGAUCAUUUUCCCAGUGAGAGGCUUGAAGUGGUGGAGGAUUCCUUCCUGUAUCUGAUGACUCUCAGCUCAGAUGCUCUUCUACUAACUCGGUACCACACACACUCUCAUAGGGCUUGUUAAUUAGCAGAGAUGUCAAACCGUUGUAGACCUGCUAUCUGUCUCCAUUAUGAGAAAUUAUCAUCUCUCAGAUCUUUCAGCAGCCAUGACCUCUUCCCUCCAUACCCCUAUCCAAAAACAUGAUUUACUACAGAUCUCUACACACACCUCUCUCCUCUGUCUAUCUCUCUUCCAGGGUGCAUCUCAAUAGUAUAAAAUAGCAUCUUCACCCCUGACAUCUAACAACCCUGUCCCUAUAACUACCCACACCCUCUCUACCCAUCUCUCUUUUCAUCUCUCUAACUGCCCUCUCUCUCUCUCUCCCCUCCCCCCCUCCUCUCUCCCAGGCUGUGGGGAGUUGAUAUCAAUAGGUGAGCCAGUGUCCCAUCGUAAGGCUGACAGUAUAGCUGGUAAGUAUGGGGUGUGGAUGCAGGACCCGGAGGCUGUGGUGCCCUACGGAGGGAAGAUGGUGUGGCGCAUCAAUACAGUGGGGUCAGAGGUCAGACAGCUGUUUGGUUACGAGGACAUGGACCAGCUCUCUAAAGGCUUCCCCUCAAAGGUGGGUGACUGGACUGACUGGUAUGGGAUAGACCUAUAGGCUAACCUUAACCAUAGAUCUAGGAUCAGAUUGCCUUACCCCUAACCAACCCACCUUAACCAUUAAAGGAUGAUAACAUAUUGUUGUAUAAUGUAAAGUGUGACCAUUGACCAGACUGAAUUAUCAUUAUUUAUUACAAGGUGUUGCUGUUGCCAGAGCCAGUGGAGAGUACAGGAGCGACUCUGUACCGCGGCUCUCUGUACUACCAGCGCCGCCGCAGCCGCACCCUGCUGAGGUACGACCUGGCGUCUGAGAGCAUCGCCGCCCGCCGAGACCUUCCCCACGCCGGCUUCCACGGCCAGUUCCCCUACUCCUGGGGCGGCUACACCGACGUGGAUCUGGGGGUGGACGAACAGGGCCUGUGGGCCAUCUACAGCACCAACAAGGCUAAAGGAGCCAUUGUGGUGUCCCAGCUGGACCCACACAGCCUGGAGGUGAAGAGGAGCUGGGAGACCAGCAUCAGGAAGAACAGCGUGGCUAACGCCUUCGUCAUCUGUGGCCGUCUCUACACAGUUGCCAGCUACACGGCUCCUAACACCACCAUCAACUUUAUGUUCGACACAGCUACUGGCCAGGGGAAGCAGGUGGCGCUACCCUUCAGGAAUAAGUACCGCUACAACAGCAUGGUGGACUACAACCCUGCCCAAAGGAAGCUGCACGCCUGGGACAACUUCCACAUUGUCUCCUACGACGUCAGGCUGGGCCACCAGUAGAGGAACUCACCACAAAAAAAUGACUUUCUCUUGUCUGUCCUACAAGGACUGACAGCUUUAGAGCAGUUAGUGUGGUAGACAGUGGUUAGAAUGCUAUUAUUCACCACCUUCAUCAAUGCGUAGGUCUAGUAGUUACCAAAACUGGCCACAGCAGUGAUUGAGAUGAAGCUUUUUCAAGCAAAUUGUGUUAUGAAUGAAACCCCCUGCAGGUAUCUUGUUUCAGUGGGAAGGCUUUUGCUGUGGCACGGUCCACGAACAUGUUUAUAGAGGAAUUAUUUUUCUACUGUUUGGUCGUCAGAGUUCUGCUUUUAUUGUGUUUUGAUGUGGUGUUGAAAGGGAGGUGGGGGGCAAAGGAUAAAUAAUAAAGUCUACUUCUUGCAUACUGUAUCAUUGGUCAUCAUACAAACUGUAGUGUGUAUAAAACUCAUUCUGACCUGUGCAUUGUACACCAUUAUUACAUUAUGUACAAAUUCAUACAAAGGUCUAAUAAAGGUUAUCUAUUCUAAAUAACAAUGACUUGUUCGUUUUUGUGUAAAAUCAAUGACUUCUAGUAGGCACGCAUGACAUUAAGUCGCUUUGGAUAAAAGUGUCUGCUAAAUGGCAUAUAUAUAUAUAUAUAUACAGUGAGGGAAAAAGUAUUUGAUCCCCUUCUGAUUUUGUACGUUUGCCCACUGACAAAGAAAUGAUCAGUCUAUAAUUUUAAUGGUAGGUUUAUUUGAACAGUGAGAGACAGAAUAACAACAACAAAAUCCAGAAAAACACAUGUAAAAAUUUUUAUAAAUUGAUUUGCAUUUUAAUGAGGGAAAUAAGUAUUUGACCCCCUCUCAAUCAGACAGAUUUCUGGCUCCCAGCUGUCUUUUAUACAGGUAGCGAGCUGAGAUUAGGAGCACACUCUUAAAGGGAGUGCUCCUAAUCUCAGUUUGUUACAUGUAUAAAAGACACCUGUCCAAAGAAGCAAUCAAUCAAUCAGAUUCCAAACUCUCCACCAUGGCCAAGACCAAAGAGCUAUCCAAGGAAGUCAGGGACAAGAUUGUAGAUCUACAUAAGGCUGGAAUGGGCUACAAGACCAUCGCCAAGCAGCUUGGUGAGACGGUGACAACAGUUGGUGCGAUUAUUUGCAAAUGGAAGAAACACAAAAUAACUAUCAAUCUCCCUCGGCAUGGGGCUCCAUGUAAGAUCUCACCUCGUGGAGUUGCAAUGAUCAUGAGAACGGUGAGGAAUCAGCCCAGAACUACACGGGAGGAUCUUGUUAAUGAUCUCAAGGCAGCUGGGACCAUAGUCACCAAGAAAACAAUUGGUAACACACUACGCCGUGAAGGACUGAAAUCCUGCAGCGCCCGCAAGGUCCCCCUGCUCAAGAAAGCACAUAUACAGGGCCGUCUGAAGUUUGUCAAUGAACAUCUGAAUGAUUCAGAGGAGAACUGGUUGAAAGUGUUGUGGUCAGAUGAGACCAAAAUCGAGCUCUUUGGCAUCAACUCAACUCGCCGUGUUUGGAGGAGGAGGAAUGCUGCCUAUGACCCCAAGAACACCAUCCCCACCGUCAAACAUGGAGGUGGAAACAUUAUGCUUUGGGGGUGUUUUUCUGCUAAGGAGACAGGACAACUUCCCCGCAUCAAAGGGACGAUGGAUGGGGCCAUGUACCGUCAAAUCUUGGGUGAGAACCUCCUUCCCUCAGCCAGGGCAUUGAAAAUGGAUCGUGGAUGGGUAUUCUAGCAUGACAAUGACCCAAAACACACGGCCAAGGCAACAAAGGAGUGGCUCAAGAAGAAGCACAUUAAGGUCCUGGAGUGGCCUAGCCAGUCUCCAGACCUUUAUCCCAUAGAAAAUAUGUGGAGGGAGCUGAAGGUUCGAGUUGCCAAACGUUAGCCUCGAAACCUUAAUGACUUGGAGAAGAUCUGCAAAGAGGAGUGGGACAAAAUCCCUCCUGAGAUGUGUGCAAACCUGGUGGCCAAAUACAAGAAACGUCUGACCUCUGUGAUUGCCAACAAGGGUUUUGCCACCAAGUACAAAGUCAUGUUUUGCAGAGGGGUCAAAUACUUAUUUCCCUCAUUAAAAUGUAAAUCAAUUUAUAACAUUUUUGACAUGCAUUUUUCUGGAUUUUUUUGUUGUUAUUCUGUCUCUCACUGUUCAAAUAAACCUACCAUUAAAAUUAUAGACUGAUCAUGUAUUUGUCAGUGGGCAAACAUACAAAAUCAGCAGGGGAUCAAAUACUUUUUUCCCUGAGUUGAGGUCAGGGGACUGGGGACUGUGGAGGCCAGGUCAUCUGAUGCAGCACUCCAUCACUCUCCUUCUUGGUAAAAUAACCCUUAGACAGCCUGGAGGUGUGUUGGGUCAUUGUCCUGUUGAAAAACAAAUGAUAGUCCCACUAAGCCCAAACCAGAUGGGAUGGCGUAUAGGUUCAGAAUGCUGUGGUAGCCAUGCUGGUUAAGUGUGCCUUGAAUUCUAAAUAAAUUACAGACAGUGUCACCAGCAAAGCACCCCCACACCAUAACACCUCCUCUUCCAUGCUUUACGGUGGGAACUACACAUGCAGAGAUAAUCCGUUCACCCACACCGCGUCUCACAAAGACAGCGGUUUGAACCAAAAAUCUCCAAUUUGGACUCCAGACCAAAGGACAGAUUUCCACCAGUCUAAUGUCCAUUGCUCGUGUUUCUUGGCCCAAUCAAGUCUCUUCUUAUUGGUGUCCUUUAGUAGUGGUUUCUUUGCAGCAAUUCGACCAUGAAGGCCUGAUUCACGCAGUCUCCUCUGAACAGUUGAUGUUGAGAUGUGUCUGUUACUUGAACUCUGUGAAGCAUUUAUUUUGGCUGCAAUUUAUGAGGCUGGUAACUCUAAUGAACUUAUCCUCUGCAGCAGAAGUAACUCUGGGUCUUCCUUUUCUGUGGCGGUCCUCAUGAGUGCCAGUUUCAUCAUAGCGCUUGAUGGUUUUUGCGACUGCACUUGAAGAAACGUUCAAAGUUAUUGACAUUUUCCGUAUUGACUGACAUUCAUGUCUUCAAGUAAUGAUGGACUGUCGUUUCUCUUUGCUUAUUUGAGCUGUUCUUGCCAUGAUAUGGACUUGGUCUUUUACCAAAUAGGGCUAUCUUCUGUAUACCCCCCCUACCUUGUCACAAAACAACUGAUUGGCUCAAACGCAUUAAGAAGGAAAUAAAUUCCACAAAUUCACUUUUAAGAAGGCACACCUGUUAAUUUAAAUGCAUUCCAGGUGACUAUUUCAUGAAGCUGGUUGAGAGAAUGCCAAGAGUGUACAAACCUGUCAUCAAGGCAAAGGGUGGCUAUUUGAAGAAUCUCAAAUAUAAAAUAUAUUUUGAUUUGUUUAACACAUUUUUGGUUACUACACGAUUCCAUAUGGGUUAUUUAAUAGUUUUGAUGUUUUCACUAUUAUUCUACAAUGUAAAAAUAAAGAAAAACCCUUGAAUGAGUAGGUGUGUCCAAACUUUUGACUGUAUAUAUAUAUAUAUAUAUGCCAUUUAGCAGACACUUUUAUCCAAAGCGACUUAAUGUCAUGCGUGCCUACUAGAAGUCAUUGAUUUUACACAAAAACGAACAAGUCAUUGUUAUUUAGAAUAGAUAACCUUUAUUAGACCUUUGUAUGAAUUUGUACAUAGACUGACAUUGACUGAUUUUAAUGGAGGUGCAGGUUGACUUGUUAGUUUAGUUGUUUUCGCCAUCAGCUGCAUUCAUGAGUGUUUGUCCAGACAUCCACUCCUGAGACCUUUGCUGGAGAGGGGGGAGUGGGGGGUAUGUGAUAAGGGCAAAAGACUAAGAGAGGGGGAGUGAAAAUGUGACAAACAGGAGAGAAAACAUUGAGUUACUACUUUAAAAAGAGAUCAAACUCAGAAAGACAGAAUAUUUAUGCUUUAUUAUGCACUCCUCUUGGGGCACUACACACACUCACAGAACCCGCCUCUAACAAAUCACAAAUACAGCAGUCUUGGUUUGGGGACUACACUUUAGAAAGCAGAAAGUCUUGAACUAGAACCACAUUUUGGUGCAUAAAACCCACA